UAGGUGGAAUUCCACAUAUAUUAUGCUUGAAAGUGCAUUGAAGUUUCAAAAGGCAUUUAAGAGAUUGAGUGAGAAGUGUGCUGAUUUUGUGCUGAUGAAAGAUGGUAUUCCUAAUAAAGAGGAUUGGGAUAAUGCAAAAUGCUUUGUUAAUUUUUUGAAAAUAUUUUUUGAUAUCACAAAGAAGGUUUCAGGUAGUACUUUUGUGACCUCUUCUCAAUAUUUUAAUGAGCAUAUUAAGAUAUUGACUACCUUGAACGGGUGGAUAGAAUUAAAAAGUUCAGACAACUUGCUUGGAAUUAUGGCUGAAAAUAUGAAAGUUAAGUAUGAUAAAUAUUGGGGUAAGGUUGAAAAAAUGAAUAUGUUGAUCUUUGUUGCUGUUGUGCUUGAUCCUCGACAUAAGAUGCAGUUUGUUAGGUGGGGAUUGAACAGGGCAUAUCCAAAUGAUGUUGCUGUAUCUUUGUAUAAAAAAACGGAGGAGACAUUAAAUAAAAUAUUUGAGAGUUAUAGGCUUUUCCUUGGUAACGGUCAAACUGAAAAUGUUACACAUUCCACUCAAGAAGUAGAGUUGGUAAAACUUAAAGCACCAGAGGAUGCAUUUGCUUUAGAGGUUGAGAUGGACAUGAAUCUUAAUGAGAGCAUGCAGAAAAAUGAAUUGGAUUUGUAUCUCAUGGAGAAUUUGGAGAAGAAAGGUCCUGGUUUUGAUAUCUUGAAUUGGUGGAAGGUGAAUUCCAACAAGUAUCCUAUUCUUGGUCAAAUGGCUAGAGAUAUAUUGGCCAUUCCUGUAUCUACUGUAGCUUCAGAGUCUGCCUUCUCUACCGGAGGUAGAGUGCUUACUUGCUAUAGAAGUUCUCUUACGCCAAAAACAGUUGAAGCUUUAAUUUGUACACAAAAUUGGUGUAAAUCUUCCCCGGUGUCGGUGGAUAUUGAAGAGCUUGUGGAUGAGUUAGAAAAUCUGGAAUUAGAACUUGCUCCAAUCCCACAAUUGAAUGAAGGUGUAUCUGAUAUAGACUCUGAUUAGCUUUUGAUAUCUGAAAGAAUUGGGUAGAUUGUGAAGCUGGAGCAAUUGCAGGAUAAUUAUUGUGAAGCUGGAGCAAUUUCAGGAUAAUUAGAAAAUUUUAGAUUUGUCUAUCAAUGUUGCAGGCUGUGAUUUUGAAACUAUCAAUUAUGCUGUCAUUGAUAUUUUUCUUGAAGUUUUAUUAUUAUAUUCACUUUAAUGCAGCUUUGGUAUGUUACUGUCAUAUAUAUUUGUCAUAUAUUUAAUUUAUAUUACAAGUCUCCCUAUAAGCACUAAGUAAGCAGGUCUCCAUAUAAAAUAUUUAUUACAGCAAUGUCUAUUUCGUUGGGAUAGAUAUUGUCCAUAUAUUAUAAUGAAUCUUUGCAACAAUGACAUCAAAUAGCCAUAUAAUAUGAAAAUUAGAUAUUGUCUUAGUAGACGUUGGUGGCAUAAUUGUAACUGGUAUUGAAAUAUAUUCGUUUUAAAUUUCACAGUGUUGAUUUAAAAACCGAAUAAAACCGAUUCAACCGAACCGAAGUAAACCGUAUAAAUUGGAUUGGAUUGGAUUGGAUUUUUCUUGUUGUCAUCCAAAAACCGAACCAAACCGUAUGCUUUAUAUAUUUUGGAUCGGAUGAUAUUUUGUCUCAAAACCGAUCCAAACCGGACCGUGAA